GCCCGGGACGCGCCAACGACCGAUCGCAAUCGCCGCGCGAGCCCCCUCCGCCCAUCGGGCACGAAUCUUAAAGCUCGAGACCCCAUUUCUCGCCGCCCACUCCCAAGAUCCCAACUCCUCCUCGUCCUCUCCGUCCCCGCUCAUCUCCCUCUUCCUUCGCCCCGAAGCGACCUCCUGCGAAAACCCUAACCCUAAUUCCAGAUCCUCCUCUCUUCUCCGCGACCGCUCCCAUGGCGACGCCGUCGACGGGGGUGAACGUGAUGCUCGCGGUGCACGAGAAGAAGACGAGCCCCGUCGACAUCUACCUCGACCUCCGCCGCGACCUCCUCCUCGCCUACUCCCGCCCUCGCCCUCGUCGAGCCCCGCUUCCCCAUCUCCCCCGACCGAUCCCACGUCAGAUGCGCUCCGACCUCGAGCGCGCCCCCGCCGAGUCCUCCCUCGACCUCCGCCGCGACCUCCUCCUCGCCUACUCCCGCGCCCUCGCCCUCGUCGAGCCCCGCUUCCCCAUCUCCCCCGACCGAUCCCACGUCAACUCCCUCUCCUUCACCUGGUUCGACGCCUUCAAACCCUCCAAGAAGGUCUCCUUGCCCUCGAUCCACCUCGAGAGGGCCGCCGUGCUCUUCAACCUCGCCGCCGUCUACUCGCAGAUCGCCCUCGCCGCCGAUCGCACCACCGCCGCCGGGCUCAAGCAGGCCUGCGGCGGGUUCCAGAGCGCCGCCGGCGCCUUCGCCUUCCUGAGGGAGACCGUCGCCAGGAAGGCUGCCGCGGCGGGGGCGACGCCCGACGUCUCGCCCGAGUGCGCCGCCAUGCUGGAGAAGCUCAUGCUCGCGCAGGCCCAGGAGUGCUUCUUCGAGAAGGUGAUCGCCGACGCCAAGCCCCCCGGCCUCUGCUCCAAGAUCGCAAGGCAGGUCGGCCUUUACUAUGAGGAAGCUUAUGCUGCCCUGAAUGCUGCUCCGCUUAGCCAGCACUUUGACAAGACAUGGGUCUCGCAUGUCCAACUGAAGGCAGCUCAGUUCUAUGCCGAGGCUUGCUAUAGGUAUUCAUUGGAGCUUCAUGAGAAGGAAGAGAUUGCAGAGGAAAUAGCCCGAUUAAAGAUCGGGAUCGGUGCCCUAGCUGAUGCGAAGAAGACCGCCAAGGGAGUUGCUGCGCCUCUCUUGGAUGCCGUCUCCAAACUAGAGAGUAAUAUGAAUCGCAACUUAGAGAGGGCUCAAAAGGAGAACGAUCGGGUUUAUCUCAUGCGGGUUCCAGCAGCAAGUUCUUUGGGUGCUCUACCUGCAGCUUCUCUCGUGAAGCCCACCAAUAUGGCUGAACUUUUAGAUGCUAGCAAAGAGAGGCUCUUCUCAGGUCUUGUUCCUGAUGGCAGCAUGAAGGCCCUCUCUAGAUACACCGAAAUGGUUGAUGACAUCAUCAGGACUCAAGCGGAGAAGUUGCAGCAGGGAAGUGAGAUAACGAGGGUUAGACUGAAGGAUAUGGAUCUGCCAGAUUCUAUUUUAUCGCUGGAGGGUAAUAUCAGCCUACCUUUGGAUCUUAAGGAAGAUGUGGAAGCCGUACAGAUCAGCGGCGGGCCUGCUGGCCUGGAAGCAGAGUUACAGCAGCUCAGGGAUUUGAGGAGGGUUAAUCAGGAACUGCUGGUCCAAACUGAGGAGCUUAUGCAGAAGGAAGCAAGUGAGGAUGCCCAGUUCCGAACCCAGUUCGGGACACGGUGGACGAGGCCUCAGUCCAGCACCUUGACGAAGAGCCUGCAGGAUCGGUUGAACCGGUUCGCUGCAAAUCUCAAGCAAGCAGCAGAUAGUGACGCGCGGAUUGAGCGAGCCGUUAAAGACAACUAUCCUCUCAUGUCAAUUCUUGACCGCAGACCGAUAGAAUCUGCCCUUCCAAGUAUUGCAAGGCCUAUAAUGUCGCUGGAUGGGAAUGAAGAUGCUUUAGUUGGAGCCCUCAAACAGAGCUUGAGGCAACUGGAGAACCUAGGAGCACAACGGGCAGGCCUCGAAGACAUGCUAAAGGAGAUGAAGAGAAAGGAUGAUAUCUUACCAAAGUUGAUGGCUGGCACCGGAUCACAUGAAGAUCUCUUUAAAAAGGAGAUAGCAAAGUAUGAUCCCAUCUGUCAAGAAAUUGCUAAGAAUAUAGAGGCACAGGAGCAAUUGUUACUGCAAAUACAGGCUCAAAAUGAUGAAUUUUCUAGUGUCUUUAAUCUGGAAGACUACAAAGUUGCUCGUGAGAAAACUUUCAAGCAAAUCGCAGCUGCCGUUGCAAAAUACCGUGAAAUUAAGGAGAACAUCAAUGAGGGGUUGAAGUUUUAUGUUACUUUACAGGAUGCAAUAAACAACAUAAAGCAGCAAUGCAGCGACUUCGUAAUGACCCGGCAGAUCCAGUGCCGCGAGAUGAUCGAGGAAGUACAGAGGCAGAUAGCAGGAUUCAGCUUCUCCGGUGGAAAAACAGGCCACAGAACGAACCAGCAAAGAAACGUUCCUCCUCAACCAAACCAACAGACCACCCCGCCCCCAACCCAUCCUGCUCAGCCGCCACCGCCUUCAUACCAUUAUCCACCCAGUGAACCAAGGCCAGGAUAUUCUCAACCCUACCCAGCCUAUGCCUCCUCACCACCUCCUCCUUACCACCAAUACCAGCAGCCACCACAACAGCCACCGCAGCAGCCGCCCAACACCGACUAUGGCCAACCGGCUUAUCCGGGAUGGCGCGGGCCGUACUACAACGCGCCACCACCGCAACAACACCAGCAGCAACCGGGACCUUAUUUGCAACCGCCGUACACUAUUCCCGGGUCUUAUCCGCCUCCUCAACAGGGCAAUUACUACAGGCCUCAGUGAAGUACGGUCGAUGCCGAAACUAUUUGUUGGCGUGUUAGUCGCUCGGUUUCAUUGUGAAUGGUUUCCCAGAUAUAAUACUAUUCUAUGUUGGGACUGUCAUGCUAUUUUUUUUUUUUCUCUUCUUUGUUGGAUAGAGACUCUAUACAUAUUACUGGUACAGAAUAAUAUGCUGAAGUAUUAGUUGCUUAGGUCUCCCGAUUCCCGAUUUGUUAAGGUUCCGCAGUUGCAGGGUCUAGAAAACUAUUCGAGUGAAGGAUAUUUUGGUGACUUGCUGGGGGUUCUGAACCUUGUUCAUAAACUUUGCUGGUAUGUGUGAUGUGAUUUUGUAUAAAGUGGAACGUGUUUCUAUUUUUUUGUGAUUUUAAUCGAGCAGUAAAAUAAUCCCCCUGGAGGUUGCUGUGGA